GAUCAGGUUCUGCGUUAAAUUCAACAAUCGUUGUAAUUAUUAAUAAUCGUAUACCAACCUCAAACUAAUAUUUUCGCAUUUCUAAUCACCGAUAUCUAAUUACCAUAAUCGGUAGUUAUGCAAACACAAACUCCCGUUGGGUUACCUUGCUUCAAGCUGGUUUGAAAUUGUUGACCCAUUAAUGUUUUUUUAAAUCUCGAUAUGUAUUUAAAUCGCCAAAGAUUCUAAAUUUAUUAAAUAGUUUCCAAGAACGAACAUGAACAGUUUAGUGCUUUGUUUAUUAACCGGAGUGGCUUUUGGCGGCUGUCUCAAACUUCCUUCCAGUUUUAAAAAAUGUGACAGAAAGAGGACCGAUUUUAACCAGUGCUUAAGUGAAGCCAUUCAUGGUGCUCUUACAAUCUUAGACAGACCUUUGCCGUCUCAUGGUUUACCAAGUUUGUAUGACGUCGAAUUUCCAGACCUUGUGGUUACUAUCGGAAACCGUACCUACGGGCUGUUGCAGGAAUAUGAUCAAUUUAAAUUAAUCGGUCUAUCGAAACCAGUGAAUAUAAAUGCUAAAUUAGAUUCUGGUCCUUUGACAAGUACUUUGUCAAUAGAAGCAACUUAUUCUCAACUUACGCUAGAACUUGAAUGUGAGGCUAAAGGUACCAUUGUUCUUCUACCCGUGAACGUCAUAACACCCGUUGAAUUUAAUUAUGUUGAUCCAACGUUCACAUUUAGUUUUGAACUGGAAGAGUACGAGAAGGGUACUACUUAUUUUAGGGUGAUCGAUUCCAAAGUGGAUAUUCAAGUACAGGGAGUUACGUUCGACUACAAACACUUCUUUUCCAACAAAAUUCUGAAUGAAGAAUUCAAUUCUGCUAUGAACGCGAAAUGGCGCCAAAUAUUUGCUAUCUAUAAAAGCUUUGAAUGGAUAUUAGCUCCCUUAUUUGGUACCAUUUUUAAUGAUUUUCUGAAAAAAGUUCCCGUUGCUGAGCUCUUCGAUGGAUAAAUGACUUUAUUUAAAGUUAGUUAAGCACUCGUGAUUUGUAAUCCAGAAAUAAAUUCUAUUAAUACUUUGUUAAAAUAAUUACAUUUAUUUUUUAACAAAACCUUAAUCCUGGCCGGAUUACCUUGCAUCCAGCAGGUUUUGAAAUUGUUGACCCAUUAUUUUUUUCAUGUCUUAACAUAUAUUUAAACCGCCAAAAAUUCUAAAUUUAGCAAGUAGAUUCCAAGACGUAAAAUGAACCGUUUCGUGCUUUGUUUGUUAACCGUAGUGGCUUUUGGCAGCUGCCUCAAACUUCCUUCCAGUUUCAAAAAAUGUGACAGGAAGAGAACCGAUUUUAACCAGUGUCUAAGUGAAUCUAUUUAUGGUGCCUUUAGAAUCUUAAACAAACCUUUGCCAUCGCAUGGUUUACCAAGUUUGUACGACGUCGAAUUCCCAGACCUUGAAAUUGUAUUGGGAAACAGUACCUACGGGCUCCUACACAAAUACGAUCGAUUUAGGUUUAUAGGUCUUUCGAAACCAGACAAGAUAAACGCUAAACUAGAUUUCGGUACUUUAACAAUAGAAGCGACUUACUCUCAGAUUACUAUAGAAGUUGAUUGUGAAGCUCAAGGUACCAUUGUUCUUUUACCCGUAAAUGUCAUAACAUCCUCCGAAUUCACCUUCGUUGAUCCAACAUUCACGUUUAGUUUUGAACUGGAAGAGUACGAAAAAGGUACCACUUACUUUAAGGUGGUUGACUCCAACUUCGACAUGCAGACACAGAGUGUUAAAUUUGACUACAAACAGUUCUUUUCCAACAAAAUUCUGAAUGAGGAAUUUAAUUCUGCUAUGGAUGCCAAAUCUCGACAAAUAUUUGCUCUUUUUAAAAGUACUGAAGUUAAGUAUGCUCCCUUGUUUGGUACGAUCGUUAAUGAUUUUUUGAAAAAAAUUCCCGUUUCUGAGUUUUUCGAUGGAUAGUUGUUCUACUCUUGAAAUAAA